AUGUCGGUUCUGAUAAAUGGGACGCCAUCCAAGCCGUUCAAGAUGAAAAGAGGGUUGAGACAAGGUGACCCACUUUCUCCGUUCUUAUUUGUACUGGUUGUGGAUGUUCUGCAUCGUUUGGUGGGAGAGGUGGUUAGGAAUGGGCGUAUAUCUCCUUUGUUGAUUGACAGAGAUAGUAUAGCGCUGUCACAUCUUCAGUUUGCUGAUGACACAAUUUUGUUCUGCCCCCCAGAGGAUGACACUAUCAAGAAUUACAAGCGGCUAUUGAGAUGUUUUGAGUUGAUGUUAGGUCUCAGUAUUAAUUUUGACAAGUCAAGCUUGAUUCCGAUAAAUUGUGAUGAACAGUGGAUUCAGACUAUGUGUUAG